AUGUGCCUGCUGGCCCUAGUCGUCUGCCCUCCAGGGCCGCCACCCUGUGCUCGCUGCUGCUGUAGCCAUCCGUCCAUCCGCCGUCCACCUGCCUGUUCGCCUCCACUGCCCGAGGAUUCUGGGCCAUGCCAUUUUGGCCAUCGUUGUCCAGCCACUGCUGCCUGGAGGGAUUCACCAGACCACUUUCAUCACCUGCCAGAGGGGCUGCCGCCUCCUCACACUAAUGGCUCCUUCACCGCAGCCGCCGUCCUUCACUGCUGCCAUCGUUUCUCGUUUCCUGCCACCACCACCAUCGCCACCGUCACUGUCAUCUCCAUUGCUGUCUUCACCUCCCUCUCGUAUGCUGCCAACAUGGCCUACCCCACCAACUCUCUCAUUUUCACCUCCCCCUCAGCUGUUCCAACCACCGUCACAUGGAACUCAUCUGCCACCCCCAUCCCCGUCCUUCCUUCCCUCCCAGUCCACCCCACUCUUGCGGCGUUUUCGGCUGUAACUACCCCCAACUCUCCCUCCCCUGUCGCUGUCGCCCCAUCACCAUCUGCAGACUUACCACCUCUCCCUGCACCACCUUCAACAGGCUCCAAUCCAGCAAGGAUUUCGGCUCGCCGCUUCACGGUCUCUGUGCCACCUACACUCCCACCCUCUGCGUCAUCUGCCCCUCAGGGAGACCUGUCCCCCGCCAUCUCCCCCUGCAAGCCAUCCACCAGCCCCCUCUCCGCCCUGUCCUGUCCAUGA